AUGGCCAUUCCUCUGUACCCCAAGUAUGACUUGGUGUACGAAGAAGUGCAGCAGCUGAUUACCUUCCCUAUCAUUGGGGAUGGUCGCUGCUUCUUCCGCAGCAUUAUCCAGUGGCAAGAAGAUCCGCACCGUGCUGCCACGUACUACAACACCGCAAAGCACGCGGAUCCUGAGCUGGCGGCCGCGGAGACCAAGAAGGCGGACAAACUCAGGGAGGACGUGGUGGCCUUUGCGGUUCGGCAUGACCUGAACGAACAUGCAGAGCCAACCGCGGAAGGGUGGAAGGAUGAAAUGUCCCGGCGGACGGCAUGGGCAGAUGAGGUGGCCAUUGCCAGCUGCAGCGCAAUGCUGCAACAACCCAUUUUAAUUCUGUCUUGGAAUGCGGAAAGGGGGCAUCUUUACUGCAACUUCUACCUCGAAGAGUUUCAGCGCCGCGGCAAGAAGUGCAUACCUCUGUACUUCAAUGGCCGGGACCAUUACGAGCUCAUUGAUGAGGACCAAGAGCCCAAUGCGGAGUUGCGGCAUGAGAGAAUGGCGCGUGGCAUGGGCGCAAUCUGCAGAGCCUUGGGGGACAUGCCGGCAGGCCCAAAGAAGAAGAGGGCGAAGGCGCCCGCAAAGAAGGCCAAAAAUCGGUCGGAAGGGUACAAUCUUCAAAACCGACGGCCGAGCGGUAACUACCAGAAGCACCGGCAAGUGCUACCCCUGGAUCUGAUCCAGGCUGGUGAAGCUGAGUGGUUCAUAGAGGCGCGCGGGAAGACUGUGAGCCACGGUGGCGCUCGAGGCACGAUUGCCGGCAGCACGACCGCUAGGAGCCGCGUGGUCCCUGCAGCCUCUAUCAAGCGCGUUGGAAUAGCCUGGCCCCGGCGCUUGGAAACCAUUUCCAGCAGUGGGGCCUCUCAGACGGAGGCAUCAGAAGAAUGGUGCACGAAAUCGUUGACGAGCCGCACCCUUCACCGCGGCAAGAAGGACCCCGGCGACGCGAUCGACCCCAAAAAGAUGGAUGUCAUAGUCACCGCCCAAGACACGGUGGGCCUUGACACCGUGCCGCUGGUGGAGGUGCGUUCCGCCUUGGUGGGGCCGGACGGCGCUGGUGGCGACGUGCGAAGCCAUGGAUCGAUGGAGUGGAUCCCGGGGCAAACGUUGCACUUCGAUGUGCCCAAGGAGGUGAACAAAGAUGUGGAGAUCCAUCUUGAGUUGCUGCCAUUUGCGAACCCGCCACAAGGCAUCAUUGACGGAAAGAUGCUGCUGAAUGCAGCCGAAAAGCACUUCGGCUUGAGAUAG